GCCGCCAUAAUGGUGCGCAUGAAUGUGCUGGUUGAUGCCCUCGAGAGCAUCAACAAUGCUGAAAAGAGAGGCAAACGCCAAGUUCUUAUCAGGUGCUCCAAAGUCGUCGUCCGGUUUCUAACUGUGAUGAUGAAACAUGGUUAUAUUGGCGCAUUUGAAAUCAUUGAUGACCACAGAGCUGGAAAAAUUGCUGUGAACCUCACUGGCAGAUUAAAUAAGUGUGAAGUGAUCAACACCAGAUUUGGUGUGCAACUCAAAGAUCUAGAGAAAUGGCAGAAUAAUCUGAUCCCAACACAUCAGUUUGGUUUCAUUGUACUGACAACCUCAGCUGGCAUCAUGCACCAUGAAGAAGCAAGACGGAAACAUACAGGAGGGAAAAUCCUGGGAUUCUUUUUCUAGGGCUGUAAUACACAUAUACAAAUAAAACGCCUCAUUGGA